AUGGGACUCUUCUGGCAGCAGCUCGCUGGGAUUGGCCACGACAUGGGCCACAGCGCCAUCAGCCACAACUUUCAUUUGGACCACAGUAUUUGCUCUUCAUUGGUCGCAUUUAUGGGCAUCUCCGUCUGCUGGUGGAAGAGGAAUCACAAUACCCACCACAUCGUUUGCAAUUCGAUUGAGCAUGACCCAGACAUUCAGCACUUGCCGGCCAUCGCAGUGAGCCCAGAGAUCUUCAAAAAGCCGUUCUGGAGCACCUACUACAAUGAGCUGAAGGCCAUGGACUCGGUGGCCCGAUUCUUGGUGAGCUUCGAGCACAUCUUCUUUUAUCCGAUCAUGAUGGUCGCACGCUUCAACCUCUAUGCUCAGUCUCUCAUUCAGCUUUGUAAGACGGAGUUCGCGGCCUUCGCCGUUUACUUCGCAUGGAUCGGUGCGCUGGUGAGCUCCCUCCCGACCUGGGGGGGAGAUGCCUACAACGAUGCAACGGAUGAGUGGUACAUCACACAGUUGAAGACCACGAUGAACUUCGACACGCCCCCAGUGCUGGAUUGGGUUCAUAUCGGCCUUCAGUUUCAGAUUGAGCACCACCUUUUUCCACGACUUCCUCGACACAACCUCCGCGAAGCAAGAAGCUUGGUGAAGGAGGUGUGUCGAAAGCACAACAUCCGCUACCACGAGCCGGGCUUCUUUCAGGCCAAUAUCGAGACCCUGCAGUGCCUUUGGCAUACCGCGAAGGCCGCACGGCUGACCAAGAAGGGCGACAGUGGAUUUUACGAGAGUAUCCUCUGGGACGGAUUGACGCUCAAUGGCUAA